AUGUUGGACUCCAAUAUUCGAGUUCCGCGCACAUCCAGAGCCAGCAAACUGCUUCCUCGUAUCACACGUCACAAGGCAAAUCCACUCAAACGCAUUCAAUACAGAUCACAAAACUCUUUCGCAAUGCAUAGUGACUACGCCUCCUCUCAGACUACUGACCGAUAUUCAGAAACCCAGCAAGAGCGACGCAGGCUUAUGAGAGAAGCGGGGCCAACGAUGCAAGGCCGAACAGAGACUCUGCCACGAGAGUCGCGAAAUCAGAUCAUAACUCGCGUAGGCCGAGAAUAUGCUGAUCUCACAGGAGAUGUCGUCACUUUCGAACAGAUCAACGAAGAUGAAAGUCGCAAGUUGAUGGGACUGCCAGCCAAGAACAUAACGCACGUAGAUUUGACAAGCUCAGAGCGUGCGCCACACAACUACGAUGUCUCGAAGCCUCGUGGCACUGACGCAACAGAUGCCGGAUCUCAUCGCCUAGACUCAGGACGAGGCUUGUACGCUACGCACUACGCUUCGCCACGAUCUGGUGGUCGGAGAGAGGUAGACGCCGACACCGUUGUGACGACGGCGACAAGAAGGCGGUCUCGUUCUCGCUCGCUUUCGCCUAGACAGGCGACUCGCGGGUAUAGAGUCAGAAACCAAGCACUGCCUCGAUCGCCCUCACCAAUACUGGAUUUCUCGAGGUAUCCUACAUACUACAUCGAAGAGCAUGCGGAUUCCGUGCGCCGGUCACCGCCAUCGUCACCGAGAAGUUACGACGCCAGAAUUCGUUCUCGUCCAUGGCCACCGGUGCCACAGCGGAGCGAUGGUUUCGAUGGCUUCAGGGAGGUUCAGUGGUCGCGCUGGACGCCAGUGAACAACACUGCUGCCUCGAGCAGGACGCGAGCGCAACAUACCGCACAACCUGCACCAAAGGUGACAGAGCCGGAUCCAUCAUCGCAGCUGCACAGCCGUCCGGACUCCUACACGCGUGCUGCAUUUGCGUAUCAGCAUGCCUUAACACGUAGUCCGAUAUCUGGGUCCUACAAUUACGACGCGGUCAGCGGUGAAAUCGCCAGAAAGGACCACGAAUCUCGUCGUCCGUACCAAAAGACAUCAUUCACUGCAGUCAAUAUGCAGCCGACGCGGACUGAGCAGGAUCAAUUCGCCCCUCCGCCUUCGCCGCCUCCUCCAACUGAGCAAGAGCACAUUAUCUCGCCAACUUCAGCAACUCUGGCUGAAAAAUAUAACAUCGCCGAAGCCAUAAAUCGUGCGGUUUCUAAUGACACAUGGUGGAAUCAGGAUGAAGAAGACGAGCGACAGGAGUCUGAGAUUCUGGCACCACGAAAAUCGAUUCACAGGCGGCUGGCGGAAGAGCGGGCUCUCAUUCGUGAGCGAUGGCGAAAGGAGGCGAUAGGGUCGGACUGA